UUCCCAGGUUGGAUUGUGAUCUUGGCAACUUUUUCUCCCAAGUAGAAGGCGAAGUUCUCUGAUCUCCCUCUAACUUUUUCCUGCAGUUUUCUCUCACAACAAUCUUUCUGGGGGAAAACCCUCAAGACAUGGAGGUAAUCUUUAGUUUCACUCAAGGUUCUGCCCCCAUUUUUAUGGAAGAGAAGUUGCUUCACAGUGAGAAUAAAGUGGAACACAUUCCUUUCGUCUGUUUUGUGCAUGAACUUAUACAAAAACUACAUAGCUUUUCUCAUCUACAGUUGCAAGAUAUAUUUGGUGGCUUUGCAGAGAUGGAACCCACUGCGAAAGUAGUCUCCUGUGGUCCAUCAGGGUUGUUGCAGAGUGAUGAACUAUACAAUUAUGUGCUGACGACUAGUGUGUACCCCAGAGAGGAAGAGAUUCUGAAGGAGCUCAGAGAAACUAUUGCAAACCAUCCACAGUCCUACCUUGCAACUGCACCGGAUGGGGGUCAGUUCAUCGCUCUGCUCCUUAAGCUAUUGAAUGCAAAGAAGACUAUAGAGGUCGGCGUCUUCACUGGAUACUCUCUCCUGCUCACAGCUCUCACGAUUCCGCACGAUGGCAAGAUCAUAGCGAUCGAUGUAGACCGAGAAGCAUACGAGAUCGGAUUACCGUUUAUCAAGAAAGCCAACGUCGAACACAAGAUCGACUUCAUUGAAUCGCAAGCUUUGCCUGUCCUCGAUAAAUUAUUAGAAAAUCGAGAAAAUGAAAGCAGCUUCGACUUUGCAUAUGUUGAUGCUGACCGGGCAAACCUGAAGAACUAUCACGAGAGGCUGCUGAUGCUGGUGAGGGUCAGGGGCGUGAUCGUGUAUGAUAACACUCUCUGGGGAGGCACCGUCGCCUUGGCCGACCCGUCCUCCGCUCACCCAAUAAGGCAAUUCGCGUGGAAGGACACGAUCGAGUUCAACAAGAUGAUAGCGGGCGAUCUUCGGGUCGAUAUAUCUCAAGUAGCGUUGGGCGAUGGGAUGACGAUUUGCAGGCGCAUCUGUUGAUGCCUUUUGAUCACACUUAUGGCAUAGAUCAAAAUAGUACUUGUUCCUCACUCUUUCGAGGUUUGAGCAUAAUAACUUCUAAUACAAAUUGUGAGGCUGUUGUUUUAUGAUCUUUUGAGUACUUUCAAUAAACUUCGGAGGACUGUUCCUGUCAA